AUGUGGAAAGAAAGCAUAGCUACACCAAACAAGGUUCUGUUCCUGAAGUAUGAAGAACUUGAAGAAGAUGUCAAAUUUUACGUGAAAAGAGUUGCAGAAUUCUUGGAUUGUCCCUUUAUGGAAGAAGAGGAAGAUAAUGGUGUGAUCGAAAGCAUAAUCAAGUUAUGUAGUUUCCAGAAAAUGAAAGAUUUAGAAGUGAAUAAGUCUGAAACAAUAGACAGGAACAUUAUUGAGAAAAAGUACUUAUUUCGAAAGGGUGAAAUAGGAGAUUGGAUCAACUACUUUUCUCCAGCUAUGAUAGAAAAGUUGUCCAAAACAAUUGAAGAAAAAUUAAGUGGAUCAGGUUUAUCCUUUAAAACAUGUUCUUAA